CUCCUCUCCACUUGUUUUCGGACUAAAAUUUAUAUCGGUAUUCGUUCAAUAAUCAAAUUUUUAAUGUAUUUCUCAUAAGUAAUAAAGUUUUUGGUUUGUUUCAGAAUGCAGCAACAACAACUAGCAGCUCAACUAGCUCAACACGGAGGCACCGGUCGACAACCCCCCUUAAGUCCAACACCAUCAGACAGCGAUUCAGACAUAUCCCUCGGUGCCCACUCGCCGCCAAUAAGUUCACCAGGUCCUCUCCAAUUCGGUAGAUCCUCCCCUAAUCCUAUAACAUCGUUUAGAUUCGGCGCCCACUCACCUGGUCCCAUGCCUGCCCAAUUUAGAUUUGGAGGGAAUCAUACGCCGCCAAAUUUUUCCCCAAAUUUUCGAAUUGAAAGACCCAAAGACCGAAAUUCAGCAUCACCAAUUAAUGUAGAUGGCAGUUCGACGUAUACUGCUGUGAAUUUGAGGUUAACUGCGAACGACAGUCCCAUAGAUGUGGAUAGUACGGAUAAGGACAGUAGAAAGAUAGACUCACCACCACAAACCUCCCUUCAACACUCUCCACCUAUGAACUUACGAAUAGCCGACAACAUGAGGAUGCAGCACGAGAGCUCAAAGAUAGAAACCCCAUUGCCUUUAAGGUUGGGUCAUCAAUUAAACCCCACGCAGAUUACAGCACCCUUGAGGAUCCAAGUGACGUCUCCGGGAAGGCUGGGGGCUCCUUCGCCGCAUACUAAUCUCCACGGAGCUUACUCGCAUGGGGGAAUAGUGCGGAUCGCCCCGCCGAGCCCCAACAAUAACGGUCCGCUACUGCACAGGCCGUUUUCGCCUCCAAGGUUAACGUGAUACUCGCCUAUGGGUUGGAAAGUUUGUGAAUAGGAUAUUUUUUAGGUUAGAUAUCACAGAAAAAUUAGGAUAAACUAAUAUUCAGUAUCUAUAAACAAAAGAGAGAUGUUGCAAAUUUCUAUAACGUCAGCUACUAAUAGUGACAACAUAAUUGGAGGCAGAUAAAUUUUCGAUGCUAAAAUAAGACUCAUUGAAAGUCUGAAAUUUUGAUAUAAGAGUCCUUAUGCAUAUUUUUAACCUCAUUUUAAAAACUUAUAGUUUAUCUUUGUUGUUGUAUAUAAUAGAACAUAAUAUGGAAGAGGCAUUAGAAAUUGCAAUUUUAGAAGACUUAGAUGAUGAUGAUAGUAUAAUUUAAUAUUAAAAAACUUCGGACUGAUAUUAAUGUCGGCAAGCGCACCCGAAAGUACUAAAGUCUUUACUAUUUUCUUUAAUAAAGUUAGUUCUAGAGCUUAAACGAUCUGCGCAUGCUCAGCUCUAAAAAUAAAAGCUGCGCUAAUAGUGGCUGACCUUAAGUGAACUUGCAAUAUCUUUCUGAUUAAUAAAAUGACGUUACGUUUGCUUUUCAUUAAAUUUUCGUUUUGCAAUAAUUCGGUAUUUAGGAAACAAAUUAUAAAAAGCUGAAAUAAAAGUUAAAAAAAAAUAAAUAAAUAAAUGAUGGGUUUAAAUAGUUGUCAUAUGCAUAAAAGGCAGGGACGUAUUUUAAAGGCGGUUAAAAUAUUAAACCAAUUUUCUUGAAUUAUGUCGCUUCUAAAAUAUUUAAAAUUUCUUUCAUUCUCUCCCGUUAUGACCAAGUAAAGAAAGUAAGCUGAAACAGUGUUUGAAUCUUCUACAUCCGUGAACUUAGCACUACCACUUUGGAAUUUUGUAUUUUUAAAUAUUGGAGAAUUUGUGGGUUUUUAUCGUAAUUUUGUCGUCUAAAAAGGAAAUUUGUCGCUCAUCCCCUUUUCAAAAUAACCCCUGGUAGUGCUAACUUCACGGUAAAGUUAGCACUAUCGCAAUCCCGAAAAUGAGCAUAAAUGACAUGUUUUUAUUUG